AUGCGUGGAUCCAUCCUAGGAAUUGGGACUGAUAUUGCUGGAUCAAUCCGCAUCCCAGUAUUGUGUUGCGGUAUCGUGGGCUUCAAGCCAAGUGUCGGCCGCGUGCCGUAUGCUGGGCAAACGAGCGCCAGCAGACCAGGAAUGACCGGGAUUGCUCCAAGCGCAGGGCCCCUGUGCUACUCGAUUCGCGACGCAGAGAUGCUUCUGAGGGCAGUUUUCAGUGCCUCAUCUGAUGAUAUGGACGAUAUGGCCCUGGGAUUUCCCUAG